CGGCCCCCCGAGGGAUGUAUAGCCGUGCACGUGCUCUCGGUCUCGAUGGGCCUCCGGUUCCCUCUCCAUCCGUUCCUCCGGGAGUACUUGAGGUACACCGGCCUGGUUCCCUGCCAACUGACCCCCAACAGCCACUCGUACAUAACUGGGUUCGUGAACCUGUGCAAACUCCGGGGGGUUACACCGAGCUUGGAGCUAUUCUUCCAAAGCUUCAACCUAUGCCGGGGGGGCCAUACCAAUGCCGAGGGCUAUGCGAACUUACAGCAGAUAGCCCAGUUCAAAUUGUUCACCGAGGCCCCUUCUUCCAACAAGGGGUGGAGAGAGCGAUGGUGCUACAUCAGACUGGCCGACAGCCCUUUCCCGAGGGAGUUGCGGAAUUGCUUCCGGCGUCAUGUGAAGGUCAAGAGCGCCGCCCUCGAGAAGGAUGGCCUGAAGAUUGCCGAGAUUCCGGAGGGGCGGGAUAAGAACAUAACCAUCAAGGAGUGCACCCUCGAGAAAGACCUGUAUGCCCUCGGAUUCCUGAGGUAUCGGUUCAUUGGGGAGACCGAGGAGAAGUAUCCCCUCUAUGAUAAAGCCUUCGUGGGGGCAGGAGGUAGUGGCCGGGGGCUUUACAUUUUUGUACUUUGAGAUUUUCUGUCAUGUUUGUUGUCGUGUCUCGAACCCCUCGGUGCUAACAUUUUAACUUGUUGUUUCUUUGCAGGUAGCAGGAUGAAUGCCAACGCUCUGUUCGCAAAGAGGAAGGGCAAGACCCAGUCCAAGGAGAAGGGGCCCUCGGGCCAGAAGCCAGUCGACGCGCUUUUCCCGAAGGUCAUAGAACCUUCCGCCGGGGACCCCCAUGCUGCUGUGGGGACCGGGGGGUCGAAGGCCGAGGCGGCCGCCAAGAAGAAGAGGGGCGACAAGGGGGUGGAGCCCCCCACCAAGAAACAGAAAGGCGCCGUGGGUGCUGUCGGGGGGGCGGCCCCCCUCGUAAUUAUUGAUGACAUGCCCGCUGUUGAUGGGCCUCUAGCCUCGGUCUCUCCGAAGGAUCCGGUGAAUCCCCCCCGGGAG